UAGCGUUGAAUACGUUGUUUGGCGGAAUGCGGGUGGGAAUAAGAAAGUCUCAGCACAGGAUGGCUGUUCAACUCCUUUUUAAUAAUGAGAUUAAUUCGUAGAAAGAUAGCGAUAAUUGUUGUUUUGGCGUAUGUUGUUUUUUCAUUAUACGCUGCAUACAAUGUGUUUUUCAAUAAGAAGGUUAUUAGUCGUGUACACAGAGUGGUGAAAAAGGGCUCUGCACCUGCAGAUCAACCCAAAGCUGGAGAGGAAGAAUGGAACCCAUGGGAAGAGGACGAGCAUGCAGACUCCAUCUCGGUACUGCAAAAAAGGAGAGAGGCUUACAGAUCAUAUCAGGAACGCAUUGCAAAGAGCAGGCCCAAAAGAUAUAAAGUUCAAAUCUGGGGAAAAGCAGCUAUAGGACUUUACUUGUGGGAACACAUUUUAGAAGGCCCUUUGAACCCCACUGAUAAAACAGGGCAGUGGAGAGAAGGAGAGAUUCAGUCAGGGAAGAUCAGUUUCAGUUUUUACACAGGCCCAGCAGUGGUGCAGGGUCACAUUCCUCUGGACACAGACAGUGUUGUGUUGGUGUUAAACGGUCGUGAGCAGCAGAAGAUCUCCUACUCAAUCCAGUGGCUUCAGCAUGUGCAGACUCUUGUGCAGGCUCACACCAUCUCUAAAGUGGCAGUGGUCUUACUGGGCAGUGAGCAGUGCACUAAUGAGUGGAUCAGCCCCUAUCUGAAGAGAUCUGGAGGCUUUGUGGAUCGGCUGUUCCUUGUCUAUGACAGUCCCUGGGUCAACGACAAGGAUGUCUUCCAGUGGCCUCUUGGUGUUGCCACGUAUAGACAUUUCCCAGUUGUAACACCCAAUACGCAGAUGGUAAGCACAGUGAGACCCUACAUCUGCAACUUCCUUGGCACCGUCUAUAAAAACUCUUCUAGAGAAUCUCUCAUGGGCAUCUUGAAGCAGGACGGCUUGGAAAAACAGUGUCUUACAAAUGCUCGAGAGAAGUGGCUUCCUCAGGAGACGGCAGAAACCUCCAGACAGUACCAGAUGGCUCUGGCUCAGAGUGACUUGACCCUGUGCCCGGUUGGCGUAAAUACUGAGUGCUACCGCAUCUACGAAGCCUGUGCCUAUGGCUCUGUUCCCGUGGUAGAGGACGUCCUGAAUCCGGGAGCCUGUGCCAGUGGUCGCAGCUCACCUCUUCGCCUGCUCAAAGAUGCAGGGGCUCCCUUCAUCUUCCUCAAGGAUUGGAAGGAGCUGCCAGCCAUCCUGGAGAAGGAGAGGGUGAUGACGCAGACUGAGAAGACGGAGAGAAGAAUGAGGCUGCUGGAGUGGUACACUGGAUUCCGUCAGCAGAUGAAGGACAAGUUCACAGAAGUCCUGGAGGAGUCCUUCUUUAAACUGAGCUAGAAAGAGACACUGGGUCAUAGUUAGAUUUCAUUGAAACAGUACUAGCUUAAUUUAUGAUUAAACUUUAACUUGUGGUUAAACUUACGAAACUUAUCGUUGUUAGUGAUGCACCAAUCCUGUGUUUUCAAUUUCUAUACAAUAUCAAUAUUAAAGUGCUCGAGUAUUUGCCUGUAGUGAUCAGAUACUGACCAUCCUCACUGUAACUGAGACUCUGCAAGACCUUUCAGGCAUGUGACAAGCAUGAAGACAAUUUGUGUGCUCAUAUCCAUUAUUUGUGUUGUAUUAAUUAACAAUUCUGGCCUAUUAUUCUGCACUACUGGAUAGGUGCAUCCCUGAUCACUGAUUUUCCUCCUUAGUUUCAAACCACUGCUUAUUAAUGGAACCUUUAUUUAUGAAUUGGUGUUAAUGUCUUUGUCUGUGUACUAAUUUCAGUGAACAUUAUCUGUUUUCUGCUGUGCAGUGACAUGUAUUAUAAUGCUUAUUUUUAACAUUUAAAUUGGGUUUUUGUGGUAUUUAUUUAUUUUGUGUUUUGCUCUCACGUUGUGUUUUCUACAAUAAUGCAAACAUUAUUUGACUCAUCUCAGUG